GUUUUUAAGUCCUGAAAUUUUAUUUUUAUUUUGUUGAGAUUCGGUGAAUCCAUCAAGAGGCUCCGCUCGCAGUUUCUUGUCCUUUCUCGUAACCGAUCGCACUAGCAGAGACGCGAACAAGAAGUAUUAAUUGAUAAGGGAAAAAGGUCAGUCAAGCUUCGACAGAACAUAACUUCAUCGAAUCAUCUGCGGUCCCGCCCCCGCCCCCUCCCCCGCCGUCAGAUAAGUAGCCGAAGGAGCGAUUGAUAGCACUGUUUGGAGUUUCAAUAGUUUUGACUUUGAAGGUGAAGAAGGAUGAGCGGAAGAGCAGACGUCUUCUAACAUUCUAUGGAACUUGUGCCGUGGAUUGCCACUACUAUGGUUUAUCUUGCUCGCGAGGCUUCCAAGCUAUGGAGGAAGAUUUGUGUAGAAACGUCAUUGGAGCUUCAUUUUCUGGCUGAGAAAUGGAAGUAUCUGCUUGCUGGUCUCAUAUUUCAGUAUAUUCAUGGUUUAGCUGCUCGAGGCGUUCACUAUUUGCACCAACCUGGGCCAAUUCUUAAAGAUAUUGGAUUCAUGAUCCUUCCGGAGCUUGGGGCUGAGAGGGGUUACUUUAGCGAGACACUUUUCAGUGUCAUAUUUUUGUCCUUUAUGCUGUGGACAUUUCAUCCAUUCGUAUAUCAUAGCAAGCGUUUUUACACGGUUCUGCUAUGGCCAAGGGUGUUGGCGUGUCUUAUUGUUUGUCAAAUGCUACGGAUCAUUACAUUCUAUUCCACUAUACUUCCUGGUCCUAACUAUCACUGUCGUGAGGGCUCACCACUUGCCAGUCUGCCUCCUCCCAACAGCAUAUUUGAAGUGCUUUUUAUUAAUUUUCCUCGAGGAGUCGUUUAUGGAUGUGGUGAUUUGAUAUUUUCAUCUCACAUGAUUUUUACACUAGUUUUUGUCAGAACGUAUCACAAGUAUGGAUCUAAGAGGUUUGUCAAGAUGCUUGCGUGGGUAAUGGUUAUUGCCCAGAGUCUGCUUAUAAUUGCUUCUCGGAAACAUUAUACUGUUGAUGUGGUUGUGGCAUGGUAUACUGUAAACUUUGUGGUUUUCUUAGUUGACUCAAAACUACCAGAAAUGCCCGACCGUUCUGGUGGAAACCAGGCACUGCUUCCUCUGAGCGCAAAGGAAAAAGAAAGUAAAGCCAAAGAAGAGAACCACAAGCUAUUGAACGGGAACUCUGUUGAUGCUACUGAUUGGCAGAGGCAAAGAACACAAAUUAAUGGGAAGCAUGUGGAUCCACAUGUUCAGUCUGAGUCGACAAUAAAUGGGGUUUCGAGAUGAGAGUGCUUCCAAAGAAUUAUAUAUAUAUAUAUAUAUAUCAUUGGCUAUCGCAUGCAUGCAUGAGACUGCUAUAAGUAAUAUAUCUUAUUUGUUCUAAUGGUGAAAGUAAAUUAUUGUGUUGCACAUUUGCUCAACAGACCGAAGGUCUGUGUGCUGCAUUGCAGUCUUAAAGGUGACGCGCGCUAAUGUAACUAACCAUCACACAGUGCUUUGCAAUCAUUUUGUUUCAGCUGGUGUUCUUUGGUUUUUGGCUGUUGGCAAUCAAUUGAUACCAUGGCCUUCUUUGGUAUGCCAAAUUUGCUUUUAGACAAUAGAUGGUUGAGAUUUACGCUUGA